AUGGAUCGUGGCCUUUCAACAGGCACUCAUCAGGCAGAUGGUGGACUUCGCGAGAGGACUGUGGCCUCUCAGUCCAGCUCGGCCCCCAGUCUCGAGGCUUUAACAGCCACGGGUGAAGGUGAGGUCAAGGACAAAGCCGGUAAAGGAAAGAAGACAUACGGCCGGACUCCUGAUGGUAAAGUGUUUACGGUGCCUCAAACGCACGACAUGGUCUCUCAACUACUAUCACCCUCGGAACCAAAGAACCUGUCAGACGUCAUCGUUCUAGCCAUUCUCGCUGCUCAUAUUCUUCUCUUGUGGCGACUUCCCGCGGGUGCCAAAGUGCCCGUUUUUGCCAUCAUCUAUCUCUUUUGGCGCGGUGCCUACAAUGCUGGGAUCGGAUGGCUGCUUCAUAACCAGUCGAACCACAGAACGCUCGUCCGUUGGGCGGAGAAGACCAAGAUCUUCGUGAAUCCGGCCACUGGCCAAAAUCCUCAUGCUAACUUAUACAAGUUGAUUAAACGUGAAUUGGAGACCAAGAUCCCAGCUGACUAUUCGUUCGAAGAUGCUCCAAUUGAGUACAACACCUGGCUCGUCUUCAGACGACUUGUCGAUCUGAUCUUGAUGUGCGAUUUCACCUCAUAUUGCCUCUUUGCGAUAGCCUGUAGCCAACGCCCCCUUGAUGAGGGUACUCUGAUGACUGUCUUGCGGUGGUCCGCAGGCAUCGUCUUAGUGCUCUUCAACCUGUGGGUAAAAUUAGACGCGCAUCGAGUGGUAAAAGACUACGCCUGGUACUGGGGAGACUUUUUCUUUCUCAUCGACCAGGAGUUGACUUUUGACGGUGUCUUCGAAAUGGCGCCUCAUCCGAUGUACUCGGUCGGUUAUGCUGGAUACUACGGUAUCUCGCUAAUGGCGGCGAGCUACAAGGUCCUGUUCAUCUCUAUUCUCGCCCAUGCAGCACAAUUCGCUUUCCUGGUCUUCGUCGAGAAUCCGCACAUCGAGAAGACAUAUAACCCGCCACCACCCCGAAAGCGAACUAUCGACCAGGAAAAUGUAUCUAUGACCCCUCAGAGAUCGGAUUCGCCCAUCGCGCCUGCUUCCGUUGAUGAACAAGUGCCCCAUGCGCCAAGUUAUUCAAGCGGUCCACCUCCGUCGGUUCACAACCUCUUGGGCUUUCGGAACCUGGAUUUGUAUCGGACGAUAGAUACGGCUUCCAUACUGAUUCAAUUUCUCGUAUUCGCCCUCACGGUCUUGACGCCUUCAACUCCUUGGUUCCAAUUCCUUUUUGUGGCCAACGCGGCAGUCUGGAGAAUCUGGUAUUCUGUUGGUAUCGGCUUGGUGCUCAACCGUCAGUCGAACUGUAAGGCCUGGACUCGACACUUUGUAAAAUAUGGCGAAAGCCCUCAGGAGGCCUGGAAUCAGUGGAAAGGCACUUAUCAUAUCAGCAUGGUCAUGUGCUACGCGAGCUUCAUUGCCGCCGUCUGGAAAAUGUACAGUUUCCCAGCGGAUUGGGGCUAUGGCCUCGUCUUGCUCAGACACGUCAUGGGUGCAGGGCUCAUUGCCUUGCAAAUCUGGACGUCGGUCAGCAUCUACGAAUCUCUUGGAGAGUUUGGCUGGUUUUACGGAGAUUUCUUCUUCGAUGAAUCGCCGAAGUUGACGUAUGACGGCAUUUACCGUUUCCUGAACAACCCUGAGCGUGUUCUGGGUUUGGCAGGUGUUUGGGGUGCUGUCCUUAUCACCAGCAGUGGAGCUGUCACUUUUCUUGCCCUGAUGAGCCAUAUUUUGAGCCUAGGGUUCAUCCAAUUUGUCGAGCGUCCUCACAUGCAGAAGCUUUAUGGCCGAAGCCUGCGACGGGAUGCUGGUCUGACAAAGAGUUUGAAACGAUCCUUGCCUCCAUCUCUACAGCAGCUCCAUGGAAGUGUUGACAAGAUGUUUGAUGAGUCUUUCGAAUUCAUCGAAGAACUCAUUGACACUGCUCGUCCAAAGCUCGCUGCGGGUGUCAACACGUUUGUCAAAGACACAUCGGCUCUGUUCCAAAAGUAUCCCGCUCGUGUGACUAUCUCUCGCAUCGAUGAAGACCUGGCCGGCUAUGACUUACGUGACUACUCCUUGGAGGUCGAAGGCACUGAUUCAUUGUCUCCCAAUGACAACGAUCAAAGCGGUAGGGAGGGUGCCAAUGCUCGUAUGCCCCUUGACAGACGCGGUGACCUGAAGAACUUGGUCUUCGAGUAUGGUUCACCCAUCAAGGUUAAGUGGACUGCUCCGCUCAAUCACAGCAAGAAAGAUUGGAUUGGUCUAUAUCGAGUCACCGACAACACUUCUCGGGAAGUCACGCGCGUCUCAUCUCAAGGGAGAUGGAUUGCGGUCAACGAGGGCUCGUAUGACAAUUUGACUUGCGAGAAGGGAAUUUUGAGCAGCGAUAUUGUUAUACCCGCCUCACAACGCAAGGACAACGAAAACCGCGAUCUUGCUUCCGGCGAAGUUGUCUUCUCUGGUGAUAAGCUGUUCUGGACUCAGGGUGUCUUCGAGUUCCGGUACCAUCACAAUGGCAAACACAAUGUUAUGGCUAUUUCAAGACCAUUCGAGAUUCGUAUCAGCCGGUUUGAUGAGGAUGAGAUCCCACUGAUGGACCCUACAUCAGUCGAGAUAAGCUUGUUUCCCGUUGUGCGUAACUGCUUUGAUCGAGAUCCCGAAAUCGCGCCGGAAACCGUGGAUGAGCCUUUUGGCAGUCUCGUUGAACGCGAUGGAAAGUAUGCCAAGAGAGUCGUGUUCGCGGUUCAUCAAAUGUUUGGUAUCGAAUUCGCUCCUGAGGUUGUCAAAGCCGACGGCAAUGUCCACAGCCUCGCCCGGAGGAUAUGCAAUGCAAAAAGGGUCCUGGCUCCCUAUAGUCUAACCAAGAAUGGUGCAACGACACCAACUGAAGGGAAAGAGUAA